CUUAUCGAAGCUGUCUACACGUCACUGCGCAUGCGUGACGCACCGACCUAGAUCUGCCAUGGUCGUUCAGUGACUUCAUUCGUAUUUUGGGCGCAAACGCCAAGAGUAAAUUGACAAUGCAUCAUCGGCUUGCAGGGUGCGUGGUGGCAUUGACACUUAUUCACCUUUCCGCAGGUGCAAGCAUUGACGCCACUAAGCCGGAUCCAGACGCCACUAAGCCGGGUCCAGACGCAGCCCUCUGCAGCCGCAGCGCCGUCGACUACAACGUCACACUCGCGAAAGGCCGAAAAGCCGGAAAAUACUUCAAAAUUAACGACGUCCACAACAUCGAUGCAUGCUUGCGGGAAUGCUGUGGUGCGAAGAGGUGUGACGUAGCGUUCAUGGUGCGUGACACAUGCUACCUCGUGCAGUGCUUUAGCGCCGAGUCUUGUGACGUCACCCAAUCCGUGAGACCCGAAAUACAGACAAUUCUUUCUGUCGCCGGUAGGCGCGACUCAAAGAUCAAACAAGCAGUAGAAAAGGCUUCUGGUGCCGAGCCCGCCAUAGAAGAGAAUCUAGCGGUCAGCAAUAGUCCGUAUGUAAAUGAUGGAGAGGAACUGACUACCAUAAGCGCAUUUGGGACUGGUAAAUACAAACGCACCAAGCGCUCAUCCGACAUCAUCGACCUCGUGGUGGCUGUUGGGUGUGGCACCGUCGCUGUGUGUGUGGGCGUGGCAGGUGUCAUUAUGAUGACAAGGAGAUUGAUUGACAACAGCAAAAACUCCGCAAGCUAGAGCCUGAUUGGCUAAAAGCAGACUAGUGCUCAGUCCCUAACGUAGAGUUAAAAAUAAAGCUAAAAACUGUAGAACUUUAAAAGCUAGAAUCUGACUGGCUAAAGACAGACUAGUCCUCAGAGCGGAGUCGGGAAGUGAACCGUGAGGAGAACAAAGAUGGGGACUUUCCGCGCAAGGGACGUUGGGAAGACAACAACUUGGAAGCUAUAGUUUUAUUGUUUUUUAGGUUUACAUCGUCGAAAUCUCUCUCUUUCUCACUUACUUCUAUCUUUUAGUUAAAGUUUUAUUUCUGAUACUGCGUUAGAGUAACUUCGAUGUCCGAACGUAUCAAAAACAAUCAAACACAAUAAAAAUAAGAGUUUUUGUAAUUAUGAUUUAAAGCAAAGCAUCUUGCACAUUGCAAGAGUUGGUAUUUCUAAAAGUUGUAGCACAACGAGACAAAGUUGAAAAAGACACAGCCGCAAGGAUACGACUUGCGCGGAGGCAAAGAUAUAGAGUUAAGGGCACGCGGGUACCCUGUGUAGACAAUCCGCAAAUAUGUAAAUGUGUAAAAAGGAGCUGCAAUGCAGACCAGAACGUUAUAAAUAAACCAGUAAAAACGAA